AUGUCUCUCAACAUCCAUGUGGAGGAUGCUGGAGAAAACCCCAAAUUUGAUGCUACUACCAUCAGAAUACAACUGAGGAAUGAAUCACAUUUCCCAUUCGUGGACGUGGAUGUGUUGAUGCGGUCUCCUUUUGAGAACGAACCAGUUGGAACCAUUGUAGCUGUAGUUUCUGCGGGAAGCUUCAGAGCUGAACCGGUUUCCUUUCAUGUUGCCAAUGGGAACCACGAAGACCAGUUUUAUGUGGACCCGCUCGAUGGAACUUUGACCGUGGCGAACCCUCUAGAUUUUGAAGCUAAAAAGGAAAUCACGCUCCUCAUUGAAGCCAGGGAUUCUGGCCUCCCACCGUUUUCCUCGUAUGCAGAAAUCCACAUCAAUAUCAGCGACGUGAACGACAACGUCCCCCACUUCACUCAAGCUGAGUACAGAUGUGAGGUUUUGGAGAAUCUCCCUCCGUCCUGGGUGUGUGAUGUCCUCGCCAUUGAUGCUGAUUCCAUCAGCUAUGCGGCUGUGCUGUACAACAUCACAGGCGGAAACACUGACAACUCCUUCAUCCUGGAUCCUGAAAGUGGAAUGUUAAGCACAUCUCGUAGUUUAGACCGGGAGUACAUCGCUGUGUACAGUCUGACAGUGGAAGCUGUGGAGCUAGAUAAUCCUGCUCAUAAAGACAAUGCAAGCAUCAUCGUUGUUGUUUUAGACAUGAAUGACAACGCACCUCUCUUCGCUCAAGUGCGUCUGACAGCCGACGUCCCUGAAGAUUGCCCUGUUGGCCACUCCGUCUUACAAAUCACCUCCACUGAUGAAGACGUGGGGGCCAAUGCUGCAAUAUUCUACUCCAUUUCCGACCUUGACAGUGACGUGCCUUUUGAUAUUAACUCAACAUCCGGAUACGUUAUGGUUAAAAGGCCUCUUGAUAGAGAGAUGCAAGCCUUGUAUAUUGCGAGAGUAAUUGCAAACGACUCUCAAUGGAGCGUCAGCGCAGUCGUGACUAUAGCUGUCACAGAUGUUAAUGAUAACCCACCAAUAUUUGCAGCGCAGUUUUAUACAGUAACUGUAGCCGAAGUGAGAGAGGUUGAUGUGGUCGUGCUGCGGGUUGAAGCGACCGAUGCAGACAGAGGGCAAAACGGCAAGAUUGUUUAUUUUAUUGCACCUCAAAAUGAAGACUUUUGGGUGAAUAACACCUCUGGUCAAAUUCAUGCGAAACAGCAUCUGACUUUGGAUGGUUUGGCUUUUAAAAUCUAUCAGUUUAUUGUUGUUGCGUUCGACUGCGGCAGCAAUCCUCUGUUCUCCAACAGCACAAUCCAAGUCAGGGUAGAGCCUUUCAAUAGAUACCCACCGAUGUUUUUACCCUUCGCCACGCCGAUUGCUAUCCCGAAUGACGUGUCUUUGAACAGGAGUGUCGCUGAAAUCCGAGCCAUUGACCCGGACUUGAGCAACAGCAGCGCUGCUGUUGACUACUUUGCGAUUGGAGGCAAUGCAUCAGAUUUAUUUUGGAUCCAAGGCGGCAGCGGGAAAGUGAUGUUGAGACAGAGUUUGGCAGGAAGUGUGAAUUCUUACCUGACUUUAAUCGUCUUGGCCAAGGAUCGAGGGUGUCCAUCUUUAGAGGCCCAAACACAAAUGACCUUUGAAGUUACGGGGAGAAAUCUGUUCACCCCACAUUUUAAUCCUCCAGUGGCCACUUUUUUAAUCCCUGAGGAUUUACCGGUGGGAUCGGUCAUCAGGAGAAUUCAAGCUGAAGAUGGAGAUGAGGGUUUGAAUGGUGUCGUUCUGUACCGCGUCACCUCGGGGCAUCAACUUCUGCCUUUCUCCGUUGGAGACACUACUGGUCUGAUAACACUGACUGGAGAAGUUGACUUUGAAGAGCAUUGGGAUUAUUCCUUUCAAAUCCAUGCCACGGAUCGAGGGUGGGAGUCGAAGACUGGCAUCUUAAACAUUACGAUACAGGUUGUCGAUGUGAAUGACAACCCACCAGUCUUUUUAGCUUCAGAGUAUGUCACAUCUGUUCUGGAAAACUCUCCCGUCGGAACACGCAUUAUGGAUCUUUCGGCUUAUGAUGCUGAUUCUGGUGCCAACGCAGAGAUAAUCUACUCUCUUGUCGCUGGUCAUGUGGAUAGAUUUGAAAUCAAUUCUAAUAACGGUACGCUCACAACGCUACAUGUGUUUGACUAUGAGAAAGAGCAGGUUUUUGACGUAACCGUGAAGGCUAUAAACAACAACAAUCCUGCGCUGUUAAGUUUGGUGCAUGUCAUCAUCCAAAUUUCAGACGUGAAUGAAUUCGAGCCAACUUUUACCCAGGAGGUGUAUGACUUCUCUGUUCUAAAAAAUGCGCCCCUGGGGUCCAGGAUUGGAAAAGUAACAGCCACAGAUUCAGACAGAGGAGUCAGAGGUCAGGUUUUUUACCUCGUAAUUGGUCGGAAUGGCGGAUUUAAAGUUGACAAGCACUCAGGCGAAAUCUACACUGCCAUCAGUCUGCGAAGUCACAGCAACAGCCAAGUUAUUUUGAAAGUUCUGGCAAAGAACUCCGGUGUUGUCACCGGCGAUGACGUGGAUGAAGCUGUAGUCCGGAUUCAAGUGAUGGACAUCAACGACCCCCCUGUUUUUUCUGCCGAUGUUUACAUGGCCGACAUUGCGGAGGACAGUCUCACAGGUGCUUCAGUUAUAACAUUGGAAGCUGAAGAUCAUGACUCCAUUUUCGACUGGAAUUAUUUUCGCUUCAAGAUUGAGGGUGGAAACACAAACUUGUCCUUUAGUGUAGAUCCGCUAAGUGGGGUCAUAUCAGUGAUGUCUCCUCUGGACAGAGAACACUGGCCGCUCUAUAACCUCACUGUCACAGCGACGGACAAUGGCUUCCCAACAGCGACAAGUUCGGCUCAUGUCAUUAUACGUGUCACCGAUGUGAAUGAUAAUGCCCCGAAACUCACUUUUACCGAAGCACAGGUGAGAGAAAAUGAGCCGCGAGGAGCCUUCGUUGCCAAAAUGAAUGUGACCGAUUCGGAUUCUCCACCAAAUCAAGGCCCGUUUACUUUCUGGUUGGUGAACACUUCAUCCAGUCGUCUGUUCUCAUUAACACCAGAUGGAGUCUUGUUCACCACACAAACCUUUGAUAGAGAACAUAGAGCAGCGUAUCAGGUUUUGGUAGCCGUGCGGGACGCAGGACUCCCUUCAAUGUCGUCCACAUCAAUGUUCCACAUCCAGGUUGAGGAUGACAAUGAUAAUCCUCCCUCACCGAGGAACAUCUUCAUUGAGGUGAAGUACUUCGGAAGCUCAUUUGACGGCGGUAUGAUAGGCCACGUCCACCCUGAGGAUCAAGAUGAGCAUGACAUAUUUGUCUGUAGCGUCAAAAACGGACCUGCUAGCAUGUUCACAAUACCAAACGGCACGUGUCAGCUGUGGUCAUCUCCAUUCCAAGGUGAAGCCACCUUCAAUAUGACGAUCGAAGCGACGGACCAGCGUCACUUCCCCGUGAACAACAGCGUCUACGUCAACUACAAAGGCUUCACAAACGCAACGAUGGACAGCUGUGUGCUCUUCUACCUGUCUUCAAUCUCGAUGCAGCAGUUCAUGUCUUUCAACUACCUAAGGUUUGUUAAGGCGCUGGAUAGCUUGUUCAACCUGCAGGCCUCCAAGACUCAUGUGUUUGGCAUCAAACAAAUCGGCGAUGAAAUACUUUUAUUGGCUGCAGUUAAAAACUACAACGGUCAGUAUCUCAGCCGAGAAUCAGCCAGUGAUAUUUCCGCCGGUCAUCGGAGACUCCUGGAGUCUCAAAGCAAUGUGACGAUUUCGCACAUCCUCAGUGACCCAUGUCUCAGGAGCCUGUGCCAAAAUGGAGGGAUGUGCACCAAAAACAUCCACAUCAGCCAAGAGGUUGCAGUUCUGGAAAGCACAGCGGUAAUCUUUGUGUCUCCGAGGAAGGAGAUUUUUAACUGUACCUGUCCGCCGGGCUUCGUCGGCCAACUCUGCGAGGACGACGUCGAUGAGUGUCAAGUCAACCCCUGCAAGAACGAAGGUACUUGUGUGAAUACAGAAGGAGGUUUCCACUGCUAUUGUCCAGAUGGCUUCUCUGGAACCGUCUGCUUGUUCCAUGAAGACGACUGUUUGAAGUGCCAGAAUGGAGGAAGUUGUACGCUCAGCCAUGAUGGAUACCACUGUGUGUGUGUCCCAGGAUUUGAAGGUAAAACUUGCGACCACGAAGUCGACUACUGUGACUCACACCCGUGCGUCCAGGGAAGCUGUGUCAAUUCUCAAACCGGGUUCUCUUGCCAUUGCCCUUAUGGAGUCACUGGGGUCCACUGCGAAAAUCCCUGUUAUGGUUUCCAGGAGCUUUCUUUCAUGGAGUUUCCCCCACUCCAUCACACGAGGAACUUGAUCUCUCUUGAGUUUGCAACAGUGCAAAACAACUCUUUGCUUCUCUUCAACUCUGGGGGAUCAUCCAGCAGAGACUACCUCGCUCUGGAGAUACUCAACGGCUCUGUGUCGCUGACGUUUGACUUGGGAUCUGAACCCAUGAGACUGCAGAUGACGAAGGAAGUGGCAGAUGGGAAGUUUCACAGCGUCGUUGUCAGGAGGAACGGAAAUAUGGCAUCUCUGCAUGUGGACAACUGCACUGAAGAAGGAGAUGGAUUUUGUUUUCUGCAGAGAGAAGGCAGCAGCUCAGAAAAGACGCUUGAUGUCAACGACAACAACAUGACUGUGGGAGGACUGAGGAGUGUAGCUUCUCUUUCUCUCUCAUCCGCUCCAGUUCAAACACAUGACUUUGUUGGAUGCAUUCGAAAUAUUUAUGUGAACGGAAUCGUGAUGAGGCUGUCGACGGCGCUUGCUGCUAAUAAUGUUCUCAACAGCUGUCCGCAGAAAACAGAAUCACCCUGUCACUCAGAUCCCUGCCAAAAUGGUGGCGAGUGUCGAGACGUCUGGUCUGACUAUCUUUGUGUGUGCGGAGACAAUUUCACAGGAAGAAACUGCAACACAGAAAUCCCAUCUCAGCUUGUGGUGAGAUUUCAUGGGGAUGGCUUCAUUGAGUUUGCCAUUAAGGAGAAGUUCAGGAGAACGUAUUUGGUGAACCACCACGUGGACGAAGACGUUGACACAGUGGCGGAAGUGGAGCUCAAAACCAAACAUGAGGGAAUACUAAUGUCCAUGAACAGUCUGACGGAGAACAUUGCAAUCCAAAUCAAAAACAGGAGACUGGUGUUGACCUUCCAUGACCUCGAGCCGGGAGUGCUCUCGGACUUCACUGUUGUCCCUGCAGUUGCUGAUGGGCGCUGGCACCGUCUCUCCUUGUUCAUCAGUGAAGACAAGACUUCUGUUUCUCUCGAUGGGAAAGUGGCGCUGAGCAUUUCAAACCGACGGCUCAGCCUUACUGCAUUUACAGUGCAGAAGGUUGUUCUGGGCUCAUCUGGAGAUGCAAAUCUGCAACAACCUGGGUUCUCUGGCUGUGUGCGACACCUGGCGGUGUUUGGAAACACCCUCCUCCUCAGCGGGCCAGAUGACAUGGUGGAAGUGCGGCCCACUGCCACGCUGAUCCAGUCUACCUGCACAUCUUCAGAUUUCUGCUUUCCUACGGACUGCUGGGGAGGAAACACCUCCUCCACCACCUUCUGUCCACACGAAAGCUGUCCACACACAUGUGGAAACAAUAGAUCCUGCAUCUGCUUGGGAUAUGGCAAGUUUGCCAUUGGAGCCCAGUUUCUGUGA